AUGGCAAUGCCAACCGCAUCUGCCACAAUGACCGAAUUAUCAGCAAUGGAUGAGCAGCAGUCACGUGAAACGUCAUCGCCGCCAUUACGUGAGACGUCGUCACCGUCACAGACGGUAGUAUUGCGUUCAACGCCAGGUCGUACCACAUGGACAAAACGUUUAUCAAAAACGAUUCAACGUCGAAGUGGCUCAUUUCUGAACACGUUAGUACCGUUUCGUAAAAAUAUUGAUCAAAAUCAUUCAAAUGUGAACGAUGAUAAAUCAUUGUUACCAUUAACGCUUCACCAUCACAAACGACGUGCGAGCGCCUCACCGGCAAUCUCGUUGCAAACUUCUUCCACCAGAAGCGCUCUUGUGAACGAGCAAUUGAGCGGAGUUGGUAUUGCCACAGCCACUGCUGGCGUUGUUGCUCUCAUUUCAAGUGGUAUGCAUCAGGAAGAAAUUGCAAGACAGAGAAGAAAUGUUGAUAAUGAAAUUUAUAAUAGUGAAAAAAGAAAACAACAACAACGGAGACAACAACAAAAGGAGUAUGUGAAUUCGUGCUCUAGCACUGAAGCAAUAAAUAAGAAUAUAAUCCGGAAAAACAGUAACAUACCGCCUGUGCGGAAAUCAUUCCGAAAGAUUAAAACUCAGGAUACUGCUCCAACAUUAUCCACUAACAGCGGGAAGAAUAAGACAUCUUGUUCAUCAACCAAAGUACCAACCAGUGCUUUUUGCCGCCUGCCAUCAGAAUCACAUACCUGGAUGGCAACCACGGUACAGCAUGCACCAAUGACUGCUCCUUCAUCUUCCAACUCCCACCAUCAUGCCAGUGCUGGUAGCAAUGGUUCGCGUACUGGUACGCAAAUAUCCUCUCAUCAUGGAGCUCACCCAAGUUCAAGCUCUCAUCACGGUACCAGUGUUGGAUUUCAUGGGAAUCAUCGUUCUUCAAAUCUGAAUACAACGCGUGUGCAGAGCAGGUCGCGAACCACUGAUGACCCACAUAUUGGAAAAUAUAAGUUGCUCAAAACGAUUGGCAAAGGAAAUUUUGCCAAAGUUAAACUAGCCAAGCACAUUCCUACGGGUAUUGAGGUUGCGAUUAAGAUAAUCGACAAAACUGCUCUCAAUCCAGGCAGUCUACACAAGCUGUUCCGAGAAGUAAAAAUAAUGAAACAAUUGGAUCAUCCAAACAUUGUGAAACUUUACCAAGUGAUGGAAACUGAAAAUACAUUAUACCUUGUAAUGGAAUAUGCGAGUGGUGGAGAGGUAUUCGAUUACUUGGUAGCUCACGGUAGGAUGAAAGAGAAGGAAGCAAGGGCUAAAUUUCGACAAAUUGUGUCCGCUGUACAAUACCUACACCAAAAAAAUAUCAUACAUAGGGAUUUGAAGGCGGAAAAUUUGCUACUCGAUUCUGAUAUGAAUAUCAAAAUAGCUGAUUUUGGAUUCAGCAAUCAGUUUGUAAUAGGUAAUAAAUUGGAUACAUUCUGUGGUAGUCCGCCUUACGCAGCUCCGGAACUGUUUCAGGGAAAGAAAUAUGAUGGACCAGAAGUGGAUGUUUGGAGUUUAGGAGUUAUUUUAUACACUCUUGUCUCUGGUAGUCUACCUUUUGAUGGGCAAAAUUUGAAGGAAUUAAGAGAAAGGGUGCUGAGAGGAAAAUAUCGAAUUCCAUUUUACAUGUCAACCGACUGUGAAAAUCUUCUUAAGAAGUUCCUUGUACUAAAUCCAGCUCGUAGAGGAACAUUGGAAGCAAUCAUGAAAGAUAGGUCGGCGUGGAUGAAUAUAGGUUAUGAAGAUGACGAAUUGAAACCAUAUAUCGAACCACCGAAGGACGUUAAAGAUGAAAAUCGAAUAGCCAUUAUCCAGCAAAUGGGUUACAGUCGUAAUGCAAUAAUGGUAUCACUCGACAAAGGUAGUUUCGAUGAUCUUCAUGCCAUAUACAUUUUGCUGGGAGAAAAAAAACGCGAGCUUGACGGAGAAGCUGUCCUAAAUGCUCAAUUGAAUCCCGCAUCAGCACAAAGUGUUGCUCAUGGAAUAACGCAAGGUCAAAGUCCGCAUACUCAACCACCCGCUUCUACUGGUUUUGCUAUGACUCAGAAAUUUGUGCCUCGUUCAACAUCAGCCCAAGUACCAUCAAUAAAGACACGGCGUGGAUCACAGGAGCAAACAAUUACACCAGCUGCUCAACUUCCAACAACACUUUUACCGUCGGAAAUUCAUGUCACAACAUCACCUGGAACACAACGAGUCAUAUCUGGUGUAGCACCGGUUACAAUGCGACAUGUUGUUGGUCCACCAGGUGGUCGGCAAGCGCUUAGUAUGCAACCAGGUCAUAUAAUGCCCAACUAUCCUUCAAAUGUAAUGCAAGCCGUCGGAAGUGGUGUACAAGCUGCUGCUGUUUCUGGGUUUAGGAAGGCUUCCGUUCCGGCGCGAACACCGCUAUCUAAUUUAGGGGCGAGAGGAAUCUUGCCAACGGGACCACGAUUUGUGUAUCCGACAAUUGAUACGAAAGGUUUACCUAAGAGUAUUACUGGAUCCUCGUCUGCUCGUGGUACUUCGAGUUCGCCAUUUUCUUCAAAUUCUGCGCAGCAGAAGAUCACAUCGCUACAGAAAAGCGGCUCUAUUUCGGCAACGCCAAAUGAGCCGUCGAUUAAGGAGGAUGACAAUGAAAACGGUGAACUGUUCGCUACUAAUGGCGAUAACGGGAAAGCUGAACUAGCAGUUACAGCACAUGCAACUACUGAUAAAGGUGUCGAUACUGGUCGUUACGCUGGUAGUGAUGCCGAUGAUGGAGAUUCUACCGCGAUAUCACGGCAGCAGUCACCUGCAUUAACACUUGGUCCAACAAUAGAGCAGCCGGAAAAAAAAGAGGAAAAGCUUCAUCAAAGCGCAUCUGCACAAGCAGUUAUCAAAAAUUUAGCUAUUAACGAAACAUCACCAUCUGCGUUGUUGCCACAUUCACAGAAUAAUAGCCCAAAGUUGACCAAAUCUGCAACUGGCACUGCUCUGAAUCCUGUUGCGGUGACAGCACCUUCCUUAGACGCACAAACUAUACCAUCAGCCGCAGUGUUAAGUACACAUGGUACAGCAAUACAAAAUGCUGCCUUUCCUAGACAUACUCGUAACAGACAAACUUUUCAUGGGAAAACGGAGCACAACAAGGGAAGUUUGGAUGAUGAUGUUGAAACGGAGGUAGUACAUGGUGCUAAUACAGCAGGCAACGGUGGUCCACGUGGAUCAUUCCUUUCCAAACUAUCCAAGCUUACUCGCCGCCCAUCGAUGGCAUCGUCAAACAGUGGUGCCGUUACUGGAGGAAACCAUCAUCAUAGCUCGAGAGCGGGUGAUGCAUGCAGUGUCCAGCUACCAUCAACGUACUAUGUCACUGGUACUUUUGGUAGCGGACCAUCAACCUGUGCCUCAUCUCUAUAUCAGUCAUCGCGCAGGACACCAAUCGUGGGGAUUGCUGAAGGAUCUGCUCUCACUACGACAUCACCGCCAACACCAAUUAACACAGGUGAAACGGUCAAACAUAGUGUGAGAAGUGGAACCAUUGGGCCGACUACCGGUAUUGCUGGAUUUAAACGAUUAAACACUAGUCAGCAGCAUCAUGGUCAAUUUGUCAUGACACCAAAUGCAGCACUGGGUGUUGGGUGUGAUAUAUCAAAUGGUGAUGAAGUGAAGCCACGGUCGCUGCGAUUCACAUGGAGUAUGAAAACUACUAGCUCUUUAGCACCAGAAGAAAUGAUGAAAGAAAUUCGAAAAGUUCUGGACCAAAACAACUGUGAUUAUGAGCAGCGUGAAAGAUAUUUAUUAUUGUGCGUACAUGGUGAUCCCAAUACCGACUCGCUGGUACAGUGGGAAAUGGAAGUUUGCAAAUUGCCAAGGCUGAGUCUAAAUGGCGUUCGAUUUAAACGAAUAUCGGGGACAUCAAUUGGUUUUAAGAAUAUUGCAUCGAAAAUAGCACAAGAGUUAAAUUUGUGA